AUGGGUAUGGGUAUGGGUAUGGGUAUGGGUAUGGGUAUGGGUAUGGGUAUGGGUAUGGGUAUGGGUAUGGGUAUGGGUAUGGGUAUGGGUAUGGGUAUGGGUAUGGGUAUGGGUAUGGGUAUGGGUAUGGGUAUGGGUAUGGGUAUGGGUAUGGGUAUGGGUAUGGGUAUGGGUAUGGGUAUGGGUAUGGGUAUGGGUAUGGGUAUGGGUAUGGGUAUGGGUAUGGGUAUGGGUAUGGGUAUGGGUAUGGGUAUGGGUAUGGGUAUGGGUAUGGGUAUGGGUAUGGGUAUGGGUAUGGGUAUGGGUAUGGGUAUGGGUAUGGGUAUGGGUAUGGGUAUGGGUAUGGGUAUGGGUAUGGGUGGUAGGCUCGGGUAG